AUGAGUCGUAGCGUCGUCCUGUCACUUCCACUCUCGUCGACUCCAGUCGUCGUGCUCUUGUCGCCCCAUUUUCCCAUUUUCUACCGCUUCCCACCUUUUCCCCCUUCCCCCUCUCCCCUCCUCUCCAUCCCGCCGCCUCCCCUCAAUCGCACAUUUUCCCCUCGUUCCCCCCUUUCCCCCCCCCUCCGCUUUCGUGUUCAGGCGGUAGAGGACCGGCCGUCCGUACAUCCAGGACGUGUGGAAGGAGCCACGAUUAGACGCACCGCCGUGGAGGACCAGCUAUCGGGCAUCCAGGACGCCGUGGAGGACCAGCUGUCGGGCAUCCAGGACGUGUGGAAGGAGCCACGGUUCGACACGCUGCCGCACGUGGUGGCGGUGCUGACGUCAGGGUACCCUCAGGAUGACAUGGCGAGCCUGGCGAAGCUGCGGGACACCAUCGAGGUGCUCGUGGACGAUGUGGUGCAGGCGUACCAUCAGGGCUUUAACAAGGCCAUCCACAACUACUCUCAGAUUCUGAAGCUGUUCAGCGAGUCAGCGGAGCAGAUGAGCGAGCUCAAGGCGAGUCUGGCGGAGGCGAGGCGGCUGCUGAGCAACCGGCACAAGCAGCUGCAGCAGCUCUGGUGCCGCUCAAUCACACUGCGCCACGUCAUCUCCCUCAUCGACCAGAUCGACAGCGUCUCCAAGGUGCCAGCGCGCAUAGAACAGCUGGUGUCGGAGGGGCAGCUGUAUGCUGCCGUGCAGAUUCACCUGCAGUCCAUCUCCACCCUCGACAGAGAGGGCAUCUCCCAGAUCGGAGCGCUGAGGGACAUUCGCAACGAGCUGGCGAACACAAAGCUGCUGCUGUUCAACCGAGUGAUAGAGGAGCUGCACGCGCACCUGUACAACAAGGGCGAGCACAGUUUGAAGAAGGAAGCUGCAACAGACGACGACGAUGACAUCAGCAACCUCGUGCCUGUAACCGUGCCACCCGCCGCCCCGCUACAUCCGUCCCUUGCCGCCCAGGGCAUCUCUCUGCCCGCCCCCUCCAAGCCCUCCCGCACCCGCGGCCGCAGCGCCAGGGCCCGUGGGGGGCUGAACGUGGAGACCGGGAGCGCUGUGAGUGAGGACGAUGACGGCACAUUGGGCUCGCCCACACGCAGUGAGGCGUCGGGGACGUCGGCCCCGGGGGGAGAGAUGGUGGUGAGGCGCGCCCACGUGGCGCCGCCCAAGUGGCUCACUGAAGCCACCUCCAACGAGUUUGUGGAGUCGCUCACCAAGAGGGAGGCGCCAGAGCACGACAAGUACAUGCAGACGCUGGUGGAGUGCAUCGCUCUGCUGGGCAAGGUGGCUGCUGCUGGCGCUGUUCUCAGUCAGCGUGUGCGGGGAUCGGUGCGCGAGAUCAUCCUACAUGAGAUCAAGGACUAUGCAGCUGCAGCAGAUGCAGCGCGUCCCCGAGUGGAGCAAGUGAGCAAGCGCUCCCAGGCGGCCACCACACCCCACUCAGCCGCCUCCACGCCCUCCUCCCACUCCACCGCCUCCUACUCCUCCACCUCCCGCGCCUCCUCCUACUCCUCCUACCCUCUCCGCUCCUCCAACCCCCGCGGCGGGGCAGUGGUGGUGGCGGGAGGGGGAGGCGCGGGCGGAGGGGCGGGGGGAGGGGCAGGGGCGGGGCUGCAUGCGCCCAACGGGGUGGCGCAGGUGGUGGCUCAGGAGCUGCUGGAGUCGAUUAUGAAGAAACUGACCGUGAUUCUAGAGAACCACAUAGUGGUGGGCGACCUCAUGGAGGCCAAGGCGUCGGACCGCUCGGGGGACGUGCGGCGCACGCCGGAUGGGGACGAGGCGGUCAGCAAGUUCAGCGCCAGCACGGGCGGCUACAGCGUCGCUUUCGUCUGGUCCUGCAUGCAGAGCGAGUGUCAGCAGUUGCUGUGCGACAUCCUCAGGGCCAACCCAGACGGCGGGUCCUCUGAGACCUCAGGACGCACCGCCCAGCUGAAACUCGACUCCGGCGGCACCAAGGGAGUCAUGCUCACCUUCAGCUUCCGUUUCACCGACGCCAACACCGCCUCCGCUCCUGCCGCAGCAGAGGCUCUACCAAAGAGGCGGGUGGGGGGCAUGGCGGGGGGCGCGGGCGCUCUGGAGGGGUACGGCACGGCACAGCUACUGCCAGAGCGAGGCAUCUACCUCACCUCCGCCUGCUACCGCCCCACACUGCAGUUCACAGAGAAGGUUACGCAAAUGCUGCCACGCAAGUACUCCGACCUGGGCCGCUCUGGCCUGCGCCCCUUUAUGGACAGCUUCGUUAAGGACCAGUUCCUGCCCUGCGUGCGCGACGACUACCGCAACCGCGUCGCUGAGGCCCUCUCCAGCCCAUCUGCCUUCCGCCCACGAGCCAAGACCAUCGGCAUGUACGAGCCGGCAGCCGAGAAAGGCCGCCCGCUGCUGCAGGGACCGGUGGCGGUGGAGGGGGUGGUGGAGGAGGUGGUGGAGUGGGCCAAGGCCAUGCCCGUGUAUGCAGGGGAGUUCGUUGCUCUCGUGCACACCCUGCUUGACAGGACUCUGGAGCGCUGCCGGGGUGUUUACACCGAGGCUGUCCUCGGCUCGCUCAGCAGCAACCUAGUCGGCCGCCCGGAUAUCGACAACCUCAUGCAGCAGCAGGCGGCAGCCAAGCUGCUAGCGGACGGCGAUCUGCCGCCCGCUGAGCUGGAAGUUGCCCGGGAGGACCCGCCUCUGGACAGCGAGGCGUAUGAGCUGGACCUUGAGAUCUACGGCAAGCUGCUGGCUUUAAGGCCUAUUAAGGAGGAGCAACUGAUUCUGGAUACGGGCAAGCUGGUGCUGCUGGCCGCUCUGAGUGACACCCUCGAGUAUUUCGCUGAUGCCAUCCUGCGUCUGGGCCGGCCCAAGGUAGCAGGCAGUGCGAGGAAGAAGACAGCAGCAGCGUCGGCGAGGCAGCAGAGGGCACCGGCGCUGACAGCUUCACUGCAGCAGCUGGCGGAGCGCUACCGCCUGCUGGCCAGGGAGGCGCUUAGAACCCUACGAGUGGAGAUGCAGCUGCACUGCAUCUUCCACCUGCAGUUCAUGCCAACCCGUGGGUACGUGAACGAGAUCGAUGCGGAGGAGCCAGAGGACUUCAUCGUCGCUCUCACUGCCCAGCUGACCCGUGUGGACGAGGAAAUGACGGUCUUCAUCGCGCCUGCCCGCCGCUACUACGUCUUUGGGGGCGUCUGCAGCCUCGCUGCCACGGGCCUUAUCCGGGCUCUGGCGGAGCUUCCGGGGAUCAACUCGCUGGGAGUGCGGCAGGUGCAGCGCAACUGCAUCGCACUGCAGCAGACCCUGGCCACACUCAACGCAAACGGCAGUCAGAGUGUGCAGCUGAGUCUGGACCGCGUGGGCGAGUACUAUGAGCUGCUCAACCGGCCGUAUGAGGCCCUGCUGGCAUACAUCAAGGACCACAACCGCUACUUCUCCGUCGAUGAGUACCUUACCCUGAUCAAGUACUCCAAAGCCUACUGCCUUUACCCGAUUUCUACGACCCGGUUCCUAUCCUCCGCGCCCUUGUAUUUCCCUCUCCCCACCACCGCCAUCACGGGCGCGCAUCUCCUCCCCCGUUUCCUCGUCCGCCAACCCCCCAGCCCCCUCUGCAACCCUCUGCUUCCGCCCGCCCACGGUUCCCCUUCCCCCCCGAUUUCCGCCUCCCCGCCCUACCUUCCCUCUUUUCCCGCAUCUGCGGAAGCCGUCACGCUGGAGGCGGAGAGGUUGAUCGGGGGGGAGGGGGAAGCGGGGGAAGGGUUAAUAGGGAGGGGUAAGGGGGAACCGGGGGAAGGAGCGGGGGCUUAUGCGGAAGUUGCUGGCGGCGAGGAAGGGGGGAAUGGGAAAAAAGAAAGGGAAAGGUCGGGGGACGGUAUGGAUGGAGGCCGCGGGAGCGGGGAGCGGGAGCCCUUGACGGGAGGGGGAAACGGGGAAGAUGGGGGAGAGGGGGAAGAGGGAGUGGCGGAGGCUGUAAGGGGAGGGGCGCAAGCGAGCUAUCUAAAUAUUGGGGUUUCCAAGGAAAGCGUUAGCGUGAGUGAGAGCAGUGGGGUGGAGAGAGAAAAGAGGGACGAGAUGAGCCCGAUGGAAGGAGGGAUGGGGCAAGCAGGCACGGAAGCAGCAGCAGCAGCUGCUACUGAUGUUGCUGCAGAAAGGGCAGGAGAAGGGGCAGGAGAAGGGGCAGGAGAAUUGGGUAAAGGAGUGAGUGUGGAAGAAGCACCAGCAGCAGCAGCAGCAGCAGAGGGAGCAGGAGCAGCAGGAUUAGCACCAGCCGGAGCAAUUGCAGGAGCGAGAGGAACAACAACAGCGGAUGGAGGGCGCACGUGGGGCGGCGGAAUCCGCGCCAACACAACCCCUUACUGGCGCUUCGUGCAGAUCCUCUCCGCGGUGGGCGCGGGCGUGAUAUUCAUCCCCGCGCUCGUCUUCACAGUCACUAUAUUCAUCCGCAGCCUCUUCCUGCAGGCCUGGUACCACCUCUGCUACUCUGGCGCCAUGCGCCGGCGAAAUCGGCGAGUGGUAACCCCAUCGUGCCUGUCCGUGCUGCCUUCGUCGUGCAUGCGAGGGACUCUGGAUCUGGAGCAGCGAUUGGAGGUGGUGUCGUGGGAGGGCGGGCGGGUGGUGACGUGGCGCAAGUCGGACGAGGCGGCGAGAGGAAGUGGUGAUGGUGAUGGUGGUGAUGCUGGUGUGAGUGCUGGAAGUUCGAGCAGCGAACCGCCGCGAGGAGAGAAGGCGAGCGAGGGCGGGGAAGGAGAGGUUCGGAUCGACGUGGGCGGAGGCUCGGGAGCCGAACCCGCGGGAGGACGCGGAAGCGGCAGAGGAGGCGCGGGUGCGGGCGGAGCAGGCGGGGAGGAGGGCGGGGGGGACAACACAGUAGCGGGGAUAGAGAUCCGGCCCGCGUCCCCCAUGGCGAGCGUGGCGGAGAACAGCUACCAGCGCGGCAUCCCGCGGCGGCUGUCACUGAGCUUCGUGCACGCGUGGACGUUCACGUACACGCACGUGGUGAACCGCACGGCUGUGGUGAACGCAGACACGCUGCUGGAGCUCUCUCGACCACCCGCUGCUGUGGAACCAGUGGCGCCUGCGCUUCUCCGAUCCAAGUCUCUCGUUCGCAUCUCCCAUCUUCCAUCGCCCCUCCACUUCCCCUCUCUCUCCACCAGUCUCGACCACCCGCUGCUGUGGAACCAGUGGCGCCUGCGCUUCUCAAAUCCGCAUCUGUGCCGAUGGACGCUCAAGGCGCGCGACAUCGGUCCAUUGGCUGGCCCCACCCCCUUGCUUCUCCCUCUUUUCCCUGUCCCCCCCCUCGCCCUACCAGCCUCGACGACCCUCUCCUGUGGAACCAGUGGCGCUGGCGCUUCUCCAGCCCAAGGCCCUCCUCUCAUCGCUCUCGACGACCCGCUCCUCUGGAACCAGUGGCGGCUGCGCUUCUCCUGUCCGCACAAGUGCCGCUGGACGCUCACAGCAAGGGACGUCUAUUCAUUGGACCCACCCCCUUGCUUCUCCCCCUCACCCCCUCCCCCCACCAGUCUGAACGAUCCCCUCCUCUGGAACCAUCUCGACGACCCUCUUCUCUGGAACCAGUGGCGGCUGCGCUUCUCCGAUCCGCACAAGUGCCGCUGGACGCUCACAGCGCGCGACAUCUGCUUCACACACCCCUUCACUGCCUACCUCUUCCGCCUGGCCAAGUGCAUCCCCAUCGACCGCUACGGAGGCAUCUACCAGCCUGGCAUGACGGAGGCAGUUCAGCGGCUGAGCGCGGGCGGAUGGCUGCACAUCUUCCCAGAGGGCCGUAUCACUCAGGAGCACGUGGCAUUGGCGCGCCUCAAGUGGGGGCUGGCGUCGGUCAUCAACCGCUGCACCUCCCCUGUCCCCCCUAUCAUCCUCUGUGUGGCACACAGCGGCUUUGAGAAUGUGAGUGAUGUGUGUAUGCAGCAGCUUCGAUAG